AUGCGUUACACGUCUACGGAGAAUGCUACGAGUAUUUUUAUCCCUAUCAGGCCUUUGAAAGAGGAGGAAGUGGAACAUAUAACGAAAAUCUUCUUUUCAAGACUAGGAGAUACUCUCGACAUGGAGAAACCAUUUGAGUUGAAGGACGGACUAAGGAAGCUGAUAAAGUUAGCAGGAGGUAAUCCUAGGAUGCUUGAUCACCUGUUGAGAGGGUUGAUGCCCGAGCACCCUCAUCUCGAAGCUUUGAAGUUCUACGAGAAGGUGGAUCAAGAUCUCACCCAAGCCGAUCUGUGCAAAACAAUAACGAAUGCGUGGAAACGUAUUAAGGGCAGUUAUUAUCUUCACUACCUUCAUGACAGCAACUAUUUGUUAGUGCUACGAGCUCUUUAUGUUGCGCUGCUGGGGACCCUUAUCAAUCGGGACGACCUAGUAUGGCCAGGCAUUUACAGUGAUAAGUGGGGAUUUUUAGAGUCUUGCGGUUUAGUUGGACUCUUACGCAACGAGGAGGAGCCGCCUCCCCAUAAGCAGGUAAAAUUAUCGAAACAGGAAGACACAAAGAAUGGAAUGCGCGCUUUUUCCAUCAUGUUCUCUCCACUCCUUAUAUACCAUCUUGUCGAGAACCUACAUGUGGCGGAGCUGCGACAUUUAUGGCCUCCUAUACUGGAUUCUAAUCCCAAGGUUAAGGAGGUAUCAGACCUCAUGUGCAUUGUCUUCAUGAUAUACAUGGGUAAGCUUUUUCAUGAUCGCGAGAAGGACACGGUGUUCGAGUUCACACUCAAAGACAUUCUCCCCUCAAAUUUCCGCGUUCCUGCACGUAUGCAAGCUUUGAAGUUCCGGUUGCCAGCUGGUGCAAGGUUUGGACCUCCGAAACGUCAGCCUCAUCAGAUUCAUGAAGCAGAGGCAUUUCAAGCCUUUUUAAAUGACAACAAGAAGCAAUUCUAUUGGGUUGGUAUUGGCAACCAUGGACCUGAUAGCUUCAUCCAUCUAAAGCUAGUGGUUGUGGAGGAUACGUUGGAUGAUUUUUUUAUAUUUCUUGAGAGUAAGCACAGGGAAUGUUAUGAAGGCCAACAAGCAAGAUGGGAACAAGAUUUUCUGAAGAAAACAUGGAGGAUAGAGCAAUGGAUAGAAGAUGGGGAGUACGCUGUCAUUUUUAUGACAGACCAAGCAUUGCAUAACGUGAUUCGGAAAGUAAAAAAGCAGGAUAAGAUGGUUGUUCCGAAGGUGGAUACAUGCUAUUACGGGUAUCCGCAGCAGAGUCCAUUUGGUUUAUUUAGUGCCGUGAGGCACACAUCAAUGCUAGCAGCUGCAAGUUGGAGUUGGAGAGGAAAACAAACGAGAGAACCUUUUGAUCCAACCUACGAACCUAGUGGUAAUCCACGGGGUGCUGAGCGAAGAGCACCACCAAGAACACGCUCUAAAACCCGAGGACAGGUUGGACGAACACGCUCUAAAACCCAAGGACAGGUUGGAAGAACACGCUCUAAAACCCGAGGACAGGUUGGAAGAACACGCUCUAAAACCCAAGGACAGGUUGGAAGAACACGCUCUAAAGGUGCCACGAAGCGAAAAAGGUAACCAGGAGGUUUGACAAGCACCAUCAAUGGUUUGCACAAAGUAUUAAUGUGUGCAAUUGUCCUGUAUAGAAAGAGAUAUGUAUCUUAACCUAAUGGGCGUGAAUAUCUUUUACCAAUACUCACUAUAUCAUUUUUAA